UUUUGAACUUUAGAAAUAGUCUUUUUCAGCUAACCAUGCAUGCAGCUUUUAUAGCCUGAAGACAUUGUAGCUCUGCUUUUGUAAUUGUUUAAAAUUUGGAAAGAUGUUAACAGUAAUUUCUAUUCGCCAAAUUUUACUGACCACAACUGGACCAAGAAUUCUCCCGGGCCUGCCAAGGCUGAACAAAAGAAAGACCUGUAGUGCUCACUUGAGCAAGCAGCACCUGCGAUAUCUGAGUGUCAGAAUUGGAGAUCGUGCUGAACUCACGAAGGCUUUUACCCAGAAUGAUGUUGUCACAUUUUCAGAAUUAACAGGCGACGUCAACCCCUUGCACUUAAACGAAGACUUUGCAAAAGGGACAAAGUUUGAAAGGCCUAUUGUCCAUGGAGUUUUGAUCAACGGACUCGUUUCUGCUGUUCUGGGCACAAAAAUGCCUGGGCCCGGCUGUGUCUUUAUUUCUCAGGAGAUCAGCUUCCCAGCCCCUUUGUAUGUGGGAGAAACGGUUGUAGCUGCUGCUGAAGUGAAAAAGCUGAAGAUGGGGGUGGCCUUUGUGGAGGUGUCAUGUUGUGUCACAGAAAGAGGAAAAACCGUCAUGGAAGGCAUGGUUAAAGUUCGGGUCCCAGAAGCCCCUGGUUCUUGAGUUAUAAGUUAAAGCUCUUACAGAAUCAGACAUAUAUUUGUGUGAAAAUUAAAGCACAACUAGAGAAAAUCAUGGAG